AUGGAAGCCAAACCACCUGAUUCCUGGACUCAAAGGCUCGAUUUGACCGUUGGCAAGGUUCUCUUCCAUCUGUUCUUUUGGGGUGUACAUAUUGGUCUGUUUGCUGUAGGAUGGUAUUUACAAGCAUCAGACCCAAGACUAGCUGCUCUUAAUGUUCUUCAGUACUCAGUAUGGAUAUCACGAGGUGCAGGCCUUGUCCUUUCCGUUGAUUGCACUUUGAUCCUCUUACCCAUGUGUCGGAAUCUUCUGCGAUGGCUCAGACCCCAGAUCAGAUGGCUUCCUUUGGAUGAGUCUGCUUGGUUUCAUCGGCAGAUAGCCUAUUCCAUACUUGUUUUUACAGCUGUUCACACGGCUGCUCAUUACGUCAACUUCUACAACGUCGAAAAGAAUCAAAUUCGGCCCGAGCGGGCAGUUGAGAUUCACUUUGCCCAAGCAAGUGGUAUCACUGGGCAUGUCAUGCUUCUGUGCAUGAUGCUGAUGUAUACCACCGCUCACCAUCGCAUUCGCCAGCAAGCCUACGAGACAUUUUGGUAUGCGCAUCACUUGUUUGUUCCAUUCAUGCUAGCUCUAUACACACAUGCAACUGGAUGCUUUGUGCGAGAUACCGCAGAUCCCUUUUCUCCUUUCGCCGGAGAGCCAUUCUGGGACCAUUGCCUUGGCUAUGAAGGAUGGAGAUGGGAGAUAGUGGUUGGCGCUCUUUAUCUCUUCGAGAGAGUAUACAGGGAGAUCCGUGCUCGACGUGAGACGGUUAUUACCAAGGUCAUCCGUCAUCCUUACGCCGCCAUGGAGAUCCAGUUUCACAAGUCAAGCAUGAAGUACAAGGCUGGGCAAUGGCUAUUCGUUCAAGUGCCCGAUGUUUCCAGCACUCAAUGGCACCCGUUCACCAUCACAUCCUGUCCCUUCGAUCCUUACCUCAGUGUCCACGUUCGCCAAGUUGGUGACUUCACACGAGCAUUGGGAGACGCCCUCGGUUGCGGUCCUGCCCAAGCCAAAGAUCUUGAAGGCCUCGACCCGAACGGUAUGUACGAGGUUGCUUUGCAAAACGGACAAACAAUGCCUGCAAUUCGUGUAGAUGGACCAUAUGGUGCACCGGCAGAGGAUGUAUUCGAAAACGAAAUUGCUGUCCUGAUCGGCACCGGCAUCGGUGUUACACCCUGGGCAUCAAUCCUCAAGAAUAUCUGGCACCUCCGUUCAAGCCCCAACCCACCUCGAAGAUUGCGUCGUGUCGAGUUCAUCUGGGUUUGUAAAGACACCUCAUCCUUCGAAUGGUUCCAAGCUCUUCUUUCUUCCCUUGAGGAUCAAUCCGCAAACGCUGCGGCCAACGAGGGACGAACUGAGUUCUUGCGUAUCCACACAUAUCUUACACAGCGUCUCGACGCUAAUACCGCUGCAAACAUCUACCUCAAUUCCGUUGGUCAGGAUCUGGAUCCUCUCACUGAACUGCGCAGUCGGACGAACUUUGGUCGUCCUGAUUUCAAGCGUCUGUUCACGGCUAUGCGGCAUGGUUUGCUGGAUCAGUCUUAUAUGUCCGGCUUGCAAAAUGCUUCCACCACAGAGAUCGGAGUGUAUUUCUGUGGUCCGAAUACUGCUGCCAGGCAGAUCAGUGAUGCUGCAAAGUCUUCAUCGACAAAGGACGUCAAGUUCAAAUUUUGGAAGGAGCACUUCUAG